AUGAAUAUAGAUAUAAUAGAACCACAUAAUCGAAUACGAAUAUCCAAUGGUAGUAGUGGUAGUAGUAGCAGUAGUAGCAGUAGCAGCAAUGAGAAGAUAUCAUCAAUCCAUCAACAGAAUGGGAAACUUUAUGUAGGAUUUAGUAAUGGUGAUUUAUCAAUCUAUGCUUCCAAAACUGAUGACAAAGAAAUUGACGACCAACAACAACAACAGCAACAAGCUCCAUCAUCAUCAUCCAAAGCAAGGUCAAUUCGUUCACUAAAGACAUUCAAUGAUAUUAAGGGAUUGUUUAAGGAUAAUGAGAAAUCAGGUGAUUUCACCCUAGUUAAACGUUUCAAGAAUAUUAGUCAAGAUGGUGCUAGUAUAGAUUUGAUUAAAGUUUUACCGAUGGUUCAACAAGAUAGUCACAAGACUAUCAUAUUAACAAAUACCCCGGAAGCAGUACGAAUAUAUGAAAUUGUCGGUUCUCAUAUAAAUCAAAUUCAUAAAUUUGAAGAUUCAAAGAAUUGUUCUGAUGUAUUGUAUCUAGAGUCUGAUGAACGGAGAUUGUUAUUAUUAGGUAUAAAAAAGAGAUUUGUUGUAUUUCAAAUCAUUAAUAAAUCAAGGAAUCUAUUCACAUUUACAAAAAUCCAUGAAGAAUCAUUAAAGGAUAAAGUACGAACAAUUGAUAACUAUAUUGAAGAAAACAAAGUAAUUAUUGGACUUCAGAAUGAUUACCUUCUAAUUGAUGUCAGACAAGACUUUAAGAUAUCGUCUUUGCCAGUAGACGAAACCAAUGUGAACAUGUUUACUCAUAAUACAUCAUUUAGUUAUUUCGGAUUCACAUCCUCAGGUCCAAUGACAUGGACGGUUCCAAUUGAACAUGAAGAUAAAUUAUUAUUAGUAAGGGAUACUCAAAUUGUUAAAUUGGAGAAACAAUCACAGGGAGAUUCAACAAUUACGUCUUCUCCAAUUAAACUCCUAGUUGUUCCAAUUGCCAUAUUUUCAAUUCAUCCCUUGUAUUUAGUUGUUAUCUAUAAUAAGAAAUUAGAAGUUCUAGAUAUUCAAAAUGGAGAUUUGAUUCAAAAAUUUCAUCAUCAAAUAAAUUCCAACCAAAUACAUACCAGCAUGGAAGGGCCAACUAUCAAUCUUGCUGCCGGUUCUGACAUCCUUCAAUUUAACAUUACAUCAUUUCAACGACAAAUUGAACAAUUCUUGAGUAUAUCAGGAAAGGGUUCAUCUAGUGGUAAUAUAAAGGAUCCCCAUAAUGAUUUAAAAUAUAUUGGACUUGAAAAAUGUAUUUCAUUGGUAUCGAAAUUAGAUACUUCAAAUUCAGUUUUCCAUCAAGACCCAUCCAAAGAUCCAAUUAAGGCAAAACAAAUGAAAUUACGAGAAUUAUAUACUUCCAAAGCACUUAUGUUAUUCGAAUCAUAUUCAAAAUUUCAUGAAUCAUUAGUGGAAAUUUCUUUAGAAUGGUUAGUUUCGUUCCAAGAUAUUCUUGAAUUAUUUCCUGAUUUUUUGAAUGCUCAAAAGAGACUAAUUGCUCAAGUACAAGAUCUGAAAGAUGUUGGAUUCCCCAAUAGCCCCAUCAAACGUAUUACAAUAGAAGAUCUUGAAUUGCAUUUAGGUAUAUCUGAAUCAGAAUAUGAUACGGCCGAUAAUGCAUCACGAAGACUUGCACAACCACCCGCUAGUUCAACUUCCCAAAUCAAGUCUGUGUCUUAUGUGAAGGCCCAGAUGAAUGUUCGAAGAUUUAAGAAAGCGGUGAAUAAUCUAAUAGUUUAUCUCACUGAUCAAAGAAGAAUUUUGUCAACAUUUAGGAAUAAACAUAGUAUUAAAUGGAAGGGAAUUGAUUUAUUCCCCAGGGAUGUAUAUCCUGAAUUAAGCAAUGAUCCAAUACAACAACUUGAUAAAGUUGCCACUAUAAUCGAUACUUCCUUAUUCCUAUGUUAUUUCUAUUGUAAACCAAUGUUGUUAGGUCCGUUGUUGCGAUUACCUUCGAAUAAUUGUGAUUCUAAAACCGUGAAUCAAUGUUUGUUGAGUAAUAUCCAUAAUCAUACUCAACAACGGAAUUUCAAACAACCUAAUUUUAUUAAAGAAUUACUUGAUUUUUAUUUUGGGAGGUCAUUACAUGAAGACGCGUUGGUUAUGUUGUAUAAAUUAGCUCAUGAUGAUGAUAAUAAUGGGGAAUCAUCAAUUGCUCAACAUUCAAAUGAUGAAGAUAAUUUAUUGGAUGAUUAUUUGAGAGGUCCGGCAUUGAGUAUUCAAUAUUUACAAAAAUUGAAAAAUGAUGAUUUGUCAUUGAUUUUUAAAUAUUCAAAUUGGAUAUUGGAUGAAAGUAACCAGAAUGACAAAUUUGGGAAUUGUAAAUUGAUAUUUAUGAAUGAUACUUAUGAAUGCGAAAGUUAUGACAAUUCUCGAAUUUUGAAUUAUUUUGUUAAUACGAGAAAAGAUUCAGGAUUGGCUAUUGGAUAUUUGGAAUGGUUAUUGUUUGAAAGUGAUUUAAUUUCAAAAUUGAUCAAGACGAAACAAGUACUGAAAUUUGAAACUAGAUUAUGUAAUUUAUAUCUUAAACAAUUGAAAGAAUUAGAAGUGGAUGAUUAUGAGUUUUAUCAAAGUGAUAAUUAUAUCAAAUUAUUUGAAUUAUUAAAAUCCGGGAAGGAAUAUGAUCCAUGGGCAGUCUUAAAGAAUAUACCCACCACUGAAGAUAAAUUCUUAAGAUUUACAAUAUUUAUAUAUAAAAGAUUAGGAGAACAUGAAAAAUCCAUAGAUGUAUUAUUUAAUCAAUUGAAUGAUUUAGAUGGAGCCAUGGAUUAUUGCUCGGAGAUAUAUUGUUUACCAAAUGGGAUAAAAGCUGGAGAAGGUUUAUUUCAUAAAUUAUUAGAAGAUCUUUUGAUUCACUAUCAGGAUAAUGUUGAUCUCAUUGCCAGGUUAUUAUCCCUUCAAGGAUCUAAAAUGUCUACAUUAAAGACAUUAGCAUGUUUACCUGAUUCAUUCCCCUUGCAUAAAUUAUCCAAAUUCGCCACUAAUCAAAUCGGUACUAUUCAAGAGAGUUUACAUGACAGUAGGAUUUCGGCUCAAUUAUAUAAAGUGGGAGCAAUUAAUCUUGAAUCUAAAGUUGUUACAUUACAGAAUGAUUCAUAUAAGGUAUCUUGUUCAUUUGUUAAUACACGUUAA